AUGGAGGCCAACAUGCUCAAUACGCAAGAUCCCGCAGCACAAAUAGCCUCGCCGACCGAGAACUCGUCCGCCAGCUCGAGAAAGUUGAAACUUAAAGAACAAGCUCAGUCAAUCGUUCUAUCUCUCGUGUCGGUGUUCAGGCUAAGCAGAAAAAAUAUUAAUGAUGUCGACGUCUCAUCAUCACUAUCCACGCGACCAACAGAGGAGAUUCGAGACGCAUGGAAGCAAGGAUCGAAAGUCUACACGCCAAGGCACAACACAGCUCUGUAUUCUCCGGGCAAGGUGGCAUACUCGCCUUACCAGCCGUUUACAACCUGUGCUGUAGUUGAAUCCUGGUUGGUAACCCCACAGGAACGGAAACAGGCACACAAAUUGGCGAGGAGGAACAUGAGUCUUGAAUUGGUCCAGGACAUACACGAUCAAUGGUGA